CGUCCAAAGCCAAUUGGGACUCAUUGGAGAAGAAACUAUCUUUCAGCCUCUCUCAUCGUCCGAAAAACCCAAUUCUCCCUCUCUUUUUCUGUCUUUUAUCACUUUCAAUUUUCUCGGACCAGUCGGAAAAACAAAAAAACCCUAGCCAUGGCCUCAGCCAAAGACGCCGACCCAACAUUGGGUUACCUGACCCGCAAAGACACGGAGGUCAAGCUUCCACGUCCGACUAGGGUUAAGAACAAAACCCCAGCCCCAAUCCAAAUCACCGCCGAGCAGAUCCUCCGCGAAGCCCGAGAACGUCAAGAGGCCGAAAUCCGACCUCCCAAGCAGAAAAUCACCGACUCCACCGAGCUCGCCGAUUACCGUCUCCGCAAGCGCAAGGAAUUCGAGGACCUAAUCCGGCGAGUCCGAUGGAACACCAGCGUUUGGAUAAAGUACGCACAGUGGGAGGAGUCCCAGAAGGACUUCAAUCGCGCUCGCUCCGUUUGGGAACGAGCUUUAGAGGUCGAUUACAGGAACCACACGCUCUGGCUCAAGUACGCCGAGGUCGAGAUGAAGAACAAGUUCAUAAACCAUGCCAGGAACGUCUGGGACCGUGCCGUCACUCUGUUGCCGAGGGUGGACCAGCUGUGGUACAAGUACAUCCACAUGGAGGAGAUUCUCGGCAAUGUCGCCGGAGCGAGGCAGAUUUUUGAGAGAUGGAUGGGUUGGAUGCCGGACCAGCAAGGGUGGCUCUCCUACAUCAAAUUCGAGCUCCGGUACAAUGAGAUUGAUCGGGCCAGAGCGAUUUUCGAGCGGUUCGUUCAGUGUCACCCAAAGGUCGGAGCUUGGAUACGCUAUGCAAAAUUCGAGAUGAAGAAUGGGGAAAUCGCUAGGUGUAGGAAUGUGUAUGAGAGGGCGGUGGAGAUAUUGGCUGAUGAUGAGGAAGCAGAGCAACUGUUCGUUGCGUUUGCUGAAUUCGAGGAGCGUUGCAAAGAAACGGAGAGAGCUAGGUGUAUAUAUAAGUUUGCACUUGAUCAUAUACCCAAAGGGAGGGCUGAGGAUUUGUAUAGGAAAUUUGUGGCAUUUGAGAAACAGUAUGGAGAUAAGGAAGGGAUUGAGGAUGCUAUAGUGGGGAAGAGACGGUUUCAGUAUGAGGAUGACGUGAGAAAGAACCCUUUCAACUAUGAUGCUUGGUUCGAUUAUAUUCGGCUUGAAGAGAGCGUGGGGAAUAAAGCUAGGAUUAGGGAAGUUUAUGAACGAGCCAUUGCGAAUGUUCCUCCAGCUGAGGAGAAGCGGUAUUGGCAGCGGUACAUUUACUUGUGGAUUAACUAUGCGUUGUAUGAGGAGCUUGAUGCUGAAGACAUGGAACGUACAAGAGAUGUGUAUAGGGAGUGUCUCAAACUGAUUCCACAUGAGAAAUUCUCAUUUGCAAAAAUCUGGCUUCUUGCUGCUCAGUUUGAAAUACGACAGUUGAAUCUCAAGGGUGCACGGCUAAUACUUGGUAAUGCGAUUGGAAAAGCUCCUAAAGAUAAGAUAUUUAAGAAAUAUAUAGAGAUUGAAUUACAGCUUGGGAACAUAGACCGCUGUCGAAAAUUAUAUGAGAAAUAUUUGGAGUGGGCACCGGAGAACUGUUAUGCAUGGAGCAAAUAUGCUGAGUUGGAAAAAUCUCUAUCAGAGACAGAGCGUGCAAGAAGCAUAUUUGAGCUUGCAAUUGCUCAACCUGCUCUUGACAUGCCAGAAUUAUUGUGGAAGGCAUAUAUAGACUUUGAAAUAUCAGAGGGUGAAUUUGAAAGAACCAGAGAAUUGUAUGAGAGAUUAUUAGACCGGACAAAACAUCUGAAGGUCUGGUUAAGCUAUGCAAAGUUUGAGGCAUCUUCUAUGGAGGAAAGCGAUUUGACAGAGGAGCAAAAGAAACAAUGUGUUUUGCAUGCAAGAAGAGUUUUUGAAAAGGCCAUCAAUUAUUACAGAACUUCAGCACCUGAAUUGAAAGAAGAAAGAGCCAUGCUGCUGGAAGAAUGGUUGAACAUGGAGGUAAACUUUGGUGAAUUUGGGGAUGUUAGCCUAGUUCAAUCCAAGUUGCCAAAGAAACUGAAAAAGAGGAGGCAAAUAUUAGCUGAAGAUGGUCCUGUUGGGUUGGAGGAAUACAUUGAUUACCUGUUCCCGGAGGAAACACAAACUACAAAUCUGAAGAUAUUGGAGGCUGCAUACAAGUGGAAGAAGCAGAAAGUAUCUACAGACGAGGAUUAGCUUUUGGUUUUUUGAGUACUUUGUAAAUACAAUCAAGUGUAUUAAAAGACUUUUUUUUUUAGAUUUUAAUUGUAGUGGUUGAAGGAUUUCUAUACGUUCAGGAAUAUUUAGUAAACAUUUUCCUUAAACAGCAAUUUUGUGAUUGUAGUUUCUAAAUGAAUCACAGAAACUCUGCCUCAUUGUCCUCAACCAGAAACAUUUUUCAAUAAUUAUUCAUCUUAUAAAGAAAACAAUGUUUUUUGACAA